UUGUCUCACCACUCUUCACUUAUCGCGUCUGCGUGACAACGCGACGCACAUCACGAAUGUGCGUCGUCUGUGUUGUCGUGCACGAGACAUGGAGUGGCGAACAGUGGUAGUGAUAGUGCUGGUCGUGAGUCUUUGCUUCUUUAUCGUACCAAUCAAAGUCGGGCCCGAUAAAACCGUCGAAAACGCGGAACUGUUCGUGAACUACGUAGCUCGUUACAACAAAUCCUACAGAGAUGAUCCUGUGGAAUAUCAAGAGCGGUUCGAGCGUUUUCAGAAAUCAUUGCGAGAUAUCGAAAGGCUGAAUGGUCUACGAUCGUCGCAAGAAAGCGCGUACUAUGGGUUGACAGAAUUCUCCGAUUUAUCCGAGGAUGAAUUUCUGCAACGAGCACUACUGCCCGAUUUACCUUUGCGGGGUCAAAAACAUACAACAGCGUCGUAUUAUCAUCAGCACUCUACAGGCUCGGUUAAUCGUGUGCAAAGGGCGGCGGACAUACCCUCUAAGUUUGACUGGCGGGACCAAGGAGUCGUAGGGCCAGUAGUGAGCCAAGAGAGUUGCGGUGCAUGCUGGGCGUUCAGCACUGUCGGGGUGGCCGAAUCGAUGUACGCCAUCAAAAACGGAACUUUGUAUUCCUUUAGCGUGCAGGAAAUGAUCGACUGCAUGCCAGGCGGUUACGGAUGUCAAGGCGGUGACGUGUGCAGUCUACUGUCGUGGCUGCUGAAGUCGAAAACGAGAAUUGUAUCUGAGACUAAUUACCCUCUCACGUUGCGAACCGACGCGUGCACAUUGCCUAAAAUUUCCGCGAAGACGUCGGGCGUUAGGAUAAUGGACUUCACAUGUGACAGCUUUGUAGACGCAGAGACUAAACUUUUGACACUGCUCGUUACUCAUGGACCCGUGGCGGCUGCCGUGAACGCCAUAUCUUGGCAGAAUUAUUUAGGCGGCGUAAUACAAUAUCAUUGCGACGGUUCAUUCAACAGCUUGAAUCACGCGGUGCAGAUAGUGGGAUAUGACAGAGGAGCGAGUAUACCGCAUUAUAUCAUUAAAAAUUCGUGGGGAACGUCCUUUGGUAACAAAGGUUACAUUUAUAUUGCGAUCGGCAAAAACUUAUGCGGUAUAGCCAAUCAAGUCUCCUCGCUCGAAGUUGUUUAAUCGAAUCGCAGCAUCUUAAAUCACGCAGCGUUUUCAAUUUCUAACGAAAUAAAUCAAAAAGUUUUAAAAAAAUUGUACUUAAUAAAAUGUUUUACCAGGUAA